AUGGCUGGAUAUCUGAAAGUCCUCAGCACAGUGUCGAGGUCUGCCGCCGCAGCCUUUUCCAGAAGCCCCGCGGUGCUCGCCCCGGCCGCUCAGUGUCAGACUUUUCAACAACGAAACUAUGCCGACAAACGCAUCAAAGUGGCCCAGCCUGUGGUGGAAAUGGACGGAGAUGAGAUGACCAGGAUCAUCUGGGAGUUCAUCAAGGAGAAGCUCAUCCUGACCAACGUCGAUGUUGAGCUAAAGUAUUACGACCUUGGGCUGCCAUACAGAGACCAGACUGAUGAUCAGGUGACCAUCGACUCGGCUCUGGCCACGAAGAAGUACAGCGUGGCAGUUAAAUGUGCCACCAUCACACCCGACGAAGCCAGAGUGGAAGAGUUUAGCCUGAAGAAGAUGUGGAAGAGCCCCAAUGGUACCAUCAGAAACAUCCUGGGGGGCACAGUCUUCCGGGAGCCAAUCAUCUGCAAGAACAUUCCCAGGCUUGUUCCCGGCUGGACGCAGCCAAUCACCAUUGGCAGACAUGCUUUCGGUGAUCAGUACAGAGCAACUGACUUUGUUGUGGACACGCCUGGCAAGUUCAAGAUCAUCUUUUCACCUGCCGAUGGCAGCGCGGGCAAGGAAUGGGAAGUGUACGACUUCCCUGCAGGUGGCUGCGGAAUGGGCAUGUACAACACAGACGAAUCCAUAACGGGCUUUGCACACAGUUGCUUCCAGUAUGCCAUUAACAAGAAGUGGCCGCUUUACAUGAGCACAAAGAACACCAUUCUUAAAGCUUAUGAUGGCAGAUUUAAAGACAUCUUUGAGGACAUCUUUCAAAAGCACUACAAGCCCGAAUUUGACAAACUGAAGAUCUGGUACGAGCACAGGCUUAUCGACGACAUGGUCGCUCAAGUACUGAAGUCUUCCGGAGCCUUUGUGUGGGCGUGCAAGAACUACGACGGUGAUGUUCAGUCUGACAUCCUCGCACAAGGUUUUGGUUCUCUUGGACUAAUGACAUCCGUGCUGGUCUGUCCUGAUGGCAAGACUAUUGAGGCGGAGGCUGCCCACGGCACUGUGACCAGGCACUAUCGCGAGCACCAGAAGGGAAGGCCGACUAGCACGAACCCCAUUGCUAGCAUCUUCGCCUGGACCAGAGGCCUGGAGCACCGUGGAAAACUUGACGGAAAUCCCGACCUUAUCAAGUUCUCCCAGACUCUGGAGCAUGUAUGCGUAGAGACAGUAGAGAGCGGCACUAUGACAAAGGAUCUCGCUGGCUGCAUCCAUGGGCUGUCGAACGUCAAGCUGAAUGAGCACUAUGUCAAUACCACGGACUUCCUUGACGCCAUCAAGACAAAUUUGGAUAAAGCCCUGGGCAAAUGA